CGCCCGCGCCGCCCGCCCCGCCCGGAGUGCGCGAGUCGCUCCGCUCCCGUUUGCAGCGGCCGUGGGCGCCCAGGGCAGCAGCGGCGGGGCGACAAGCGGGCCGGCGGCGACCGGCUCCUGGGAGGCGGCCGCGGCGGGAGGCAGGGGCCCGGGACCGCGUCCAUGGGCCCGCGGCGGCCGGGCGGCGGCAGUGCGGGCGGGCGCGGGGCGGCGCGCGCGCUGUGAGGCCCCGCGGCGCGGCAGCCUCGCCGUGCGGCGAGCCGGUCCGCGGGAGAGCAGGGCCGGGCCUUGCGGCGGCCGACUGGGGAUGCGGCGGCGGCUGCGCUGAGCCCCGACCCGCCGGGAACGCGCGGGCCGGGCCUGUGCCGCCGCCGCCGCGCCGACCAUGUCGGCGGCCAAGGAGAAUCCGUGCAGGAAAUUCCAGGCCAACAUCUUCAACAAGAGCAAGUGUCAAAAUUGCUUCAAGCCCCGAGAGUCGCAUCUGCUCAAUGACGAGGACCUGACGCAGGCAAAACCCAUUAUGGUGGCUGGCUGCUCCUGGCUCCAGAUGGGACAGACUUUGACAACCCAGUGCACCGGUCUCGGAAAUGGCAGCGACGGUUUUCUUCAUCCUUUAUGAGCAUGGCCUCUUGCGCUACGCCCUGGAUGAGAUGCCCACAACCCUCCCACAGGGCACUAUCAACAUGAACCAGUGCACAGAUGUGGUGGAUGGGGAGGGCCGUACUGGCCAGAAGUUCUCCUUGUGCAUCCUGACACCUGAGAAGGAGCAUUUCAUCAGGGCAGAAACCAAGGAAAUCAUCAAUGGGUGGCUAGAGAUGCUAAUGGUGUAUCCCAGGACCAACAAGCAGAACCAGAAGAAGAAAAGGAAAGUAGAACCGCCCACCCCGCAGGAGCCUGGACCUGCCAAGGUGGCUGUCACCAGCAGCAGCAGCAGCAGCAGCAGCAUCCCCAGUGCAGAGAAAGUCCCCACCACCAAGUCCACACUCUGGCAGGAAGAAAUGAGGGCCAAGGACCAACCUGAUGGGAGCAGCCUGAGCCCAGCUCAGAGUCCCAGCCAGAGCCAGCCUCCUGCUGCCAGCUCCCUGCGGGAACCAGGGCUGGAAGGAAAAGAAGAGGAGAGCAGCAUGAGUAGCGACCGCAUGGACUGUGGCCGCAAAGUGCGGGUGGAGAGUGGCUACUUCUCCCUAGAGAAGACCAAGCAGGACCUGAAGGCUGAGGAGCAGCAGCUGCCCCCGCCACUCUCACCCCCCAGCCCCAGCACCCCCAACAGGUACAGUUGCCCUGAACCGCCCUCCCAGGGGCUUGGUCAUCCCCUUCACUCCCCAGGCUCUCGGGCCCCCAUCCGCAUGAUCAGCAGCAUCUCCCUCAACUCCCUGGAUGAGGCCAGCCAGCACCUUGCUCAUGUGGACUCCAGCAACGCUGGGGGGCGGGAGACAGAGACACUGGGGAGCGCCUUUGCCUUUAAAGCCAGCAGGCAGUAUGCCGCCCUGGCCGACGUCCCUAAGGCCAUCAGGAUCAGCCACCGAGAAGCCUUCCAGGUGGAGAGAAGGCGACUGGAGCGUAGGACUCGGGCCCGGAGCCCUGGCAGGGAAGAGGUGGCCCGUCUGUUUGGCAACGAGCGGAGGAGGUCCCAAGUAAUUGAGAAAUUUGAGGCCUUAGACAUUGAGAAGGCAGAGCACAUGGAGACCAAUGCCUCGGCAGUGCCCUCGCCAUCAAGCGACACUCGCCAGGGCCGCAGCGAAAAGAGGGCAUUCCCCAGGAAGCGGGACUUCACCAGCGAAGCCCCCACAGCGCCUCUAUCGGACACCUCAGCCUCCCCCCUGUCUCCACACCGAAGAGCCAAGUCACUGGACAGGAGGUCCACGGAGUCCUCCAUGACGCCUGACCUGCUGAAUUUCAAGAAAGGCUGGCUGACCAAGCAGUACGAGGACAGCCAGUGGAAGAAACACUGGUUUGUCCUGGCGGAUCAGAGCCUGAGAUACUACAGGGAUUCCGUAGCUGAGGAGGCAGCUGACUUGGAUGGAGAAAUUGACCUGUCCACAUGUUAUGACGUCACAGAAUAUCCAGUCCAGAGAAAUUAUGGCUUCCAAAUACACACAAAGGAGGGCGAGUUCACCCUGUCUGCCAUGACUUCUGGAAUCCGGCGGAACUGGAUACAGACCAUCAUGAAGCACGUUCAUCCAACCACUGCCCCAGAUGUGACCAGCUCAUUGCCUGAGGAAAAGAACAAGAGCAGCGCACCUUUUGAGACCUGCCCAAGGCCAAGUGAGAAGCAUGAGACAGAGCCAGGGGAACCAGAUCCUGAGCAGAAGAGGAGCCGCGCACGUGAACGAAGGCGGGAGGGCCGCUCCAAGACCUUUGACUGGGCUGAGUUCCGCCCCAUCCAGCAGGCCCUGGCUCAGGAAAGGGCCAGCACUGUGGGGCCUGCUGAUGCCCAUGAACCAGGGCACCUUGAGGUAGAGCCGGGGGAGCUGGAGCGGGAACGUGCACGGCGGCGAGAAGAGCGCCGCAAGCGAUUCGGGAUGCUGGACGCUGUGGAUGGACCAGGUGCUGAGGACAUGGCCCUGCGCAUGGAGGUUGAUCGGAGUCCAGGGUUGCCAGUGGCCACUGACCUCAAGGCACAGAAUGUCCAUGUGGAGAUUGAGCAGCGAUGGCAUCAAGUGGAGACUACCCCUCUCCGGGAGGAAAAGCAGGUGCCCAUCGCCCCCCUGCACCUGUCCUCCUCGGAGAACGGAAGUGACCGACUCUCCACACAUGAACUGACGUCUCUGCUAGAGAAGGAGCUGGAGCAGAGCCAGAAGGAGGCCUCAGACCUUCUGGAGCAGAACCGGCUCCUACAGGAUCAGCUGAGAGUGGCCCUAGGCCGCGAGCAGAGCGCCCGGGAGGGCUACGUGCUUCAGACUGAAGUGGCCACCUCCCCGUCGGGUGCCUGGCAGAGGCUCCAUAGAGUGAACCAAGACCUCCAAAGUGAGCUGGAAGCCCAGUGCCAGCGGCAGGAGCUGAUCACGCAGCAGAUACAGACCCUGAAACGUAGCUAUGGGGAGGCCAAGGAUGCGAUCCGGCACCAUGAGGCCGAGAUCCGGAGCUUGCAGGCGAGGCUCAGCAAUGCUGCUGCUGAGCUGGCCAUUAAGGAGCAGGCACUGGCCAAGCUUAAAGGCGAGCUGAAGCUGGAGCAGGGGAGGGUCCGCGAGCAGCUGGAGGAGCGGCAACACAGUGAAGCCACGCUGAGUGGCCAGCUGAGGGCCAGUGAGCAGAAGCUCAAGAGCGCAGAGGCCCUGCUGCUAGAGAAGACGCAGGAGCUGCGGGACCUGGAGAUGCAGCAGGCACUACAGCGGGACCGACAGAAGGAGGUGCAGAGGCUACAGGAGCGCAUUGCUGACCUUAGCCAGCAACUGGGCGCCAGUGAGCAGGCCCAGCGGCUGAUGGAGGAGAAACUACAGAGAAACUAUGCACUGUUGCUGGAGAGCUGUGAGGAGGAGAAGCAGGCACUGCUGCAGAAUCUGAAGGAGGUGGAGGACAAGGCCAGUGCCUAUGAAGACCAGCUGCAGGGCCAUGCACAGCAGGUGGAGGCUCUCCAGAAAGAGAAGCUGAGCGCCAAGUGUGAGGGCAGUGAGCAAGUGCACCAGCUGGAGGAGCAGCUAGAGGCCCGGGAGGCCAGCAUCCGCCAGCUUGCUGAGCAUGUGCAGAGCCUCCGUGAGGAGCGGGACCUCAUCAGGCAGCGGUUCCAAGAGCUGAUGGAGCGUGUGGCUACAUCCGAUGGGGACGUGGCUGAGCUUCGGGAGAAAUUGAGGGGAAGAGAGGCUGACUACCAAAGCCUGGAACACUCACACCGUAGGGUCUCCGGCCAGCUGCAGAGCAUGCGCACACUGUUGAGAGAGAAGGAAGAAGAACUGAAGCACAUUAAGGAAACACAUGAGAGAGUUCUGGAAAAGAAAGAUCAGGACCUCAAUGAGGCUUUGGUUAAAAUGGUUGCCUUGGGGAGCAGCUUGGAGGAGACAGAAAUUAAGCUGCAGGCGAAAGAGGAGAUUUUAAGAAAAUUUGCAAAUGAGUCUCCAAAGGAAUCAGAAGAGUCACAGAGUACCCUGGAAGAAACAGAGGACAGUGGUUCACUUUUGAGCCAACAACUCCCAACUGCUGGGGUACCUCUAGGCUUACCCCACAUGCGGUUGGAGGAUGAGGACUCAGGACCUGCGCUGGAGGAAGAAUGUGGUGAUGGCCGCCCCAGCAGAGAAGAGGGUGCAGUGCCCUUGAAAUCCUUAGAAGCUCCUGACAGGGAGGGACAUCCACAGAGUACUACCAAACCUGACCAGGGAGCACCUGGGCUUAAAAGGCAAAGAAUCCGGUUUUCCACAAUCCAGUGCCAAAGGUACAUCCACCCUGAGGGAUCUGAGAAGACCUGGACCAGCAGCACAUCAUCAGAUACCAGCCAGGACCGGUCACCCUCAGAGGAGAGCAUGUCCUCAGAGGUUACCCCUAACCCGCUGCCUGUGACCGGAGACUCCGAGACAUACCUCUCCAUAAUCCAUUCACUGGAGACCAAGCUGUACGUCACAGAGGAGAAGCUUAAAGAAGUGACUGUGAGGCUAGAAAGCCAGCAGGGCCAGAGCCAGGAAGCGCUACUUGCACUGCACCACCAGUGGGCUGGCACUGAGGCACAGCUCCGUGAGCAACUUCGUGCCAGCCUUCUACAGGUUGGCACACUGGCCUCCCAGUUGGAGCAGGAGAGACAAGAGAGGGCCACAAGUAUUGAGAGCCAUGUUGGGGAGCUAGGGAACUUCCAGGCAAAAAACAGUCAGGCUCUGACAUGCUUGGAAAACUGCCGGCAACAGCUAAGGUCUCUGCCACACACUGGCCAGGAGGAUGAGCAGGAGGCAUGUGCAGCCUCCCUGGCCAGUGUGGAAAGCACACUUAUGAGUGCUAUCCAGGCCCUGCAGUCCUGGCCAGCUCCUACAGAUGAUGGGGCCAGGGCUGGGCAGGAGGAGGGGCGCUCUGUGGAGAGUAAGAUGGCAGCCCCUCUGUGCCAGCAAGUGUUGAGUGAGCAGGAGCAGGCAAAGCUGCUUUCAGAUCAGAUAGCCCUGGAGGCAUCCCUGAUCAGCCAAAUAGCAGACUCACUGAAGAACACAACUUCAGAUGUGUCUCGAGUUCUCCAUGAGGUUGCAUGGUCAGAAGAGUGGCUGCUGGAGGGAGAAAGUUGUCCCAUCUCUGUCAACGCCCCAGCAGAGGCCUGGGCCAGGAAGGUGCUGGUGGAUGGCGAGUUCUGGAGCCAGGUGGAGUCCUUCAGUAAACGGCUGGGGACACUGGGAGGAGAGGCAACCAGCACAUCAGGAGAUGGUCAGCAGCUUAUCCCCCAAGGCCUGGCUGAUGCCACAUGGGUUCGGGCAGAGCUCACCUUUGCCACACAGUUGGUGAGGGAGUCAUUCCACCGUAGGCUGCAGAGUGUCCAAGAGACCCUACGAGGGACACAGACUGCCCUACAGCGGCACAAGUGUGUGUUGGGGGAAAUCCUGGGAGCUUAUGGAACCCCAGAUUUUGAGAGAGUGAUGCAGCAGGUUUCAGAAACCCUCGGGUGUCCAGUAGGCAGUGCAGACAGUGUGCAGACAUCCUGGGACCUGAGCCUGUUAGGAGAAGUACUGAGUCCAGACACAGACAGCUCCCAGGAGCCCUUGCAUGUGUCCCAUCAGAGCCCUGGGGCCCUUGUUGCUAUUCAGGAAGAGCUUGCCCAGCAGCUGAGAGAGAAAGCCAGCAUCCUAGAGGAGAUCGCUGCUUCUUUGCCAUCCCUACCACCUGCUGAGUCAUUAAGGGAUUGUCAGAAGCUUCUGCAGACAUCUCAGACUCUCUCCUACAAUGCUUGUUUGGGAGGCCUCAGUCAAUAUUCUUCAUUAUUGGUUCAAGAUGCAAUCAUUCAGGCUCAGGUGUGCUACGCAGCCUGCAAAAUCCGGUUAGAGUACGAGAAAGAACUUCGAUUCUACAAGGAGUCCUGGCGAGCUAGGGGGGCCACCUGCCAGGAGCAGGCACAAGUGGUUGGGGCCCUGCGGGAGGAGUAUGAGGAGCUCCUCCGCAAGCAGAAAAGUGAGUAUCUGGAGGUAAUUGCCCUCAUAGAAAGGGAAAAUGCUGAACUGAAGGCCAAGGUGAGCCAGCUGGACCAUCAGCAGAGGUGUUUGGAAGAAGCAGAGACCAAGCACAGUGAGAGCAUGUUUGCCCUGCAGGGCAGGUACGAAGAGGAAAUCAGGUGUGUGGUAGAGCAGCUGAACCGCACUGAAAAUACACUGCAGGCAGAGCGCAGCCGGGUCCUCAGCCAGCUAGAUGCCUCAGUCAGAGACAAACAGGACAUGGAGCGGCAGCAUGUGCAGCAGAUGCAGACGCUGGAGGACAGGUUCCAGCUAAAGAUCAAGGAACUGCAGGCCAUUCACGAGGAGGAGCUAAGGGCCCUGCAGGAGCACUACUCACGGAGCCUGCUGCACCUGCAGGAGACCCUCAGCCUCUGCCAGCAGCAGCACCCUGAGGCCCUGCCAUCCCCGUCACCCCGCUGGCAGCCAGAGCCUGGGGCUGCCCCACAGGCAGCCCAAGGAGAGGCUGACUCCAUGACAGGGCUGCGAGAGCGCAUCCAGGAGCUGGAGGCCCAGAUGGACAUAAUGCGUGAAGAACUGGGCCACAAGGAACUGGAGGGUGAUGCGGCCACGCUGCGGGAGAAAUACCAGCGAGAUUUUGAGAAUCUCAAGGCCACAUGUGAGCGGGGCUUUGCUGCAAUGGAAGAAACACACCAGAAGAAGAUAGAAGAUCUACAGAGGCAGCACCAGCGGGAGCUGGAGAAGCUGCGGGAAGAGAAGGACCGCCUCCUGGCUGAGGAGACUGCUGCCACCAUCUCAGCCAUUGAAGCCAUGAAGAAUGCCCACCGGGAGGAGAUGGAGCGAGAAUUGGAGAAGAGCCAGCGGUCUCAAAUCAGUAGCAUCAACUCGGACAUUGAAGCCCUGAGGCGACAGUACCUGGAGGAGCUGCAGUCGGUGCAGCGGGAGCUAGAGGUCCUCUCGGAGCAGUACUCACAGAAGUGCCUGGAGAAUGCCCACCUGGCCCAGGCACUGGAGGCCGAGCGGCAGGCCCUGCGGCAGUGCCAGCGUGAGAACCAGGAACUCAACGCCCACAACCAGGAACUGAAUAACCGCCUGGCUGCGGAAAUCACACGGUUACGGACACUACUGACGGGGGAUGGUGGUGGAGAAGCCUCGGGGUCGCCCCUCACACAGGGCAAGGAUGCCUAUGAGUUAGAGGUAUUAUUGCGGGUCAAGGAAUCAGAAAUACAGUACCUGAAACAGGAGAUCAGCUCUCUCAAGGAUGAGCUCCAGACAGCACUGCGGGACAAGAAGUAUGCUAGUGAUAAAUACAAAGACAUCUACACAGAGCUCAGCAUUGCAAAGGCCAAGGCAGACUGCGACAUUAGCAAGUUGAAAGAGCAGCUGAAAGCAGCUACGGAAGCACUGGGAGAAAAGUCCCCUGAGAGUCCUGCUAUGGCGGGAUAUGACAUAAUGAAAUCUAAAAGCAAUCCUGACUUCCUGAAGAAAGACAGAUCCUGUGUCACCAGGCAGCUUAGAAGCAUCAGGUCCAAGUCCGUAAUUGAGCAGGUCUCAUGGGAUAACUGACUCGCGCCCGCUUCCAGGUCCCCUGUCGUGUAGAGUCUGAAGGAAGGCCUGACGGUGCAGGAGCGGCUGAAGCUCUUUGAAUCCAGGGACUUGAAGAAAGACUAGCUGCGUCCCGUGCAACUUGACACACACCCUUCCCAGCUGGCGGCAGCACAACCCAAGCAGCUUCUUGUCUGUACUUUUGUUUGUUGUUACUGUCAUCAUUAAUUGGGUAUGGAUGCAUGAGAGACUGGUGUGUGGGUUGUUCGCACCAUUCCCUGCCAUGUUGACUCUGACUUCUUGUCUCUAUCACAGCUUUUUUUCCAUGGUAUUUUUAAAUUAGUGAAGCUCAAGCAGUGGGGUAGGGAGGGCUGUCCCCACAGCAUCUGAGUAGAAUGCCCUCCCAUGGUCCCACCGCACUCACUGUCAGUAUUAAGGCUCAGCGGCCUGUUGAUAAGCUAGCCCUGUCUCAGAGUGCAGGGGUGGGGACCUGGCUGCCAUUCCAGCUCUGCUGCACGCUGGGCGGGCACCACCAGGUGGACAGAAUCCUAUUGGUCAGAGAAGAGCCACCUGGAUGGUCAGGUUUGGGCUAGACCACAGCACAGAUGCCUCACCUGUCUGGUUGCUGGAGGAGGUGGCCCUGGGGUGGGGUGUGCAGCCUGCAUGUGCUGCCUUUUGGCCUGGGAGGAGGACAGCAUUUUGUAUUUGUUCCACUAAUGCAGCUUAGAACCACGCCUCAGAUAAUUCUGGCAAACCUUUUCACAACCUGGAAAAUGUUGAAAGCAACCAUUCCUAUUUUUGUUUGUUUUUUAUUAAAUCUUGCACAAAAUCCCCGGCCCCUCUCAUUCCUUCCUCCACUCGUUCCUCCCUUGCUCUGCAGUAACCCUGAUCUUUUCCUAACUGCUGGGAUUGGUGGCCUGCUACCUGGGGCUUCAGACUAAAGUGACGGAUUCCCUCAGGGAGUCAUCCAAAGGGAAAAAAGUUGCUCACUUUUUGAAAAUCUUCCUGAAAAGAAACUGUCAUGUUGCUUUUGCAAAGGCUGAGGAGGAGGCCCCCUGUGUUAAGUCGAGAGGAAAGUGCGGAGGAUGUCAGAAUGAUGAGAACAGGCCAGCAGGACCUGAGCUCUGGGGAGUUCCCUUGCAGCGCCUGCCUCUUGAAGAGUGUGGUUGCGGUGAACUUGUGCUAUCAAGUCUGCUUUUCUGAGUCUGACAGGACCUUUUUAACUGUCCAGAACAUUCUGCAGCACUUUCUGAAAAUCUCUUAAAUUGGGGUUUCUAUUCUGUUCCUGUGGCAGCCAUUAAUUCCAUUAACUUAUACCAUAUAAGAAGCCCCCAGCACACAGGAGUGAAGCAGGAGAAUCAGAGUUCUUGUGUCUGGAAGACCCCCACCAUCUGCCCCACAUCCUCCCACUAUUACCCCCCCCCAUUCCACUGGCUCCACUGUUGGAGCUUUCGGUUUGUGCUAAUGCUUGAGGUGGUUGGAAGGUCUAAGGUAGAUAAAUACUUUGGGAUUAAAUGUAGAAAUCACCUUGCUCAGUUUCUGUAUUAGUUAAUGGACAAGCUCCUCCAGGCCAUCUGACCCGCCCUGGUAACAGGAUGAAGGCCCAGGGUCGGGUGGUUUCCACACAGGCCCUAAGCCUCCCCUUUCACCAGCUUGGAUGAGGCCUCAUCCACACCUGUAACCCAUGUUCUCAACAGCAAAAGCAAAUUAGAACUGUUUAAAACCAACUUAUCAGAAACCCCCAGAUUGGCAGCACCUGAAAAAUUGCCGUGACCUGUCUGCAUCAUGCUCAGAAUGGGAAUGUGCAGAAAGAACACAGGUACAGCAGUCCACUGGGACACUGACAGGACAUACUGUGCCUGGUCUCUGGGCGCUGUGAUUUCACCUCAUUCUCUGAGGGCUACUGCCCUUCUUCUGCUCUACUGUGGUUCCUUUGUGACCAUCCCUGUGGCCCCUGGGGACCCUCUGGCCCUGCUGCAGGCACCUUCCUGCCUCCCCGACUCCCUGCGGUGCUGCAUGGAGCCAGGCUGUCUGUCUUCAGACCGCACAGUGCUUUGAAUAAAAGCAGGUUGGCCCACAGCUCAAUUUUAUUUGUUUUUAGAACUUAUUUAUAUCCCUUGAGGCUGGACCUCAGGAAUCUAGGAAAGAACCUGAGUACAGCACUGGGGGUUAGAGGCGAGGGCCAGAAGGCAGCUGGGCACCUGUACUCCUGUCACUGCAGCCUCUUGGCAAAGGCUCCAUAUUCACCCCCAAGACAACAGGACUCCCUGCCCCAGGGCUAGUUUGGUAUGUGGGUAUCGCCAAGGAACUGGACCAGCAGAAAAAAGGAACAGACAAUGGCCCUGCACCUGACCACUGCCACACUGCUGCCUGGGUUGGUUAAGUCUGAGUGUCCUACUGAAGUGAACCAAACGAGGAGAAUUAAGACAGAUAUUCUUCCUGUGCCACCAGUGUUUCCCAAGAGCAGAAUGCCUCCUGGGGCCCCGGGGGUCUGGUGCUGGCAUUUGCCUGUCUGUGCAGGGAGUCCCCCUGUGCUGGUCUUUGCUUGCACUGCUACGGGCGUGUGCAUUCAAGAGCAGCGACAGGAUGUAGAGGUGGAGUGGGCACAGGCAUUGUCUCCGGGGCUGCUGCAGGUGGCAGGGGCUGUGUUGUGACUGGGAGUCUUAGGUUGCUACCAGCACAAACAAGAAAUAGCAAGCUCUGCCUGCUUGGCUGUGAGGAUUAGUUUCCUAUAAAUGUUCACUUGUGAUCUGCUCACAUCUGCAAGCAAGCCAUUUCAAGUACUUAAUGGGGAAGUCAUUUGACUUCUGGGACAACUUUCACAAACAUCUGCGUGAACUAUACCGUAUGUGCCCACCCAUAAACAGGAGAGUCAUUUCCUGCUUGUCAGGUUGUCAACUGUGGUGCCCAGCACCUGAGCAGGGGGACAGUGGUGCUGCAGAGGGCCGCUGGAUGCAGCCUCCUUGGGGCAAAGAUGCCUGCCAGUUGAGGCCACAGCUCAAGCCUCUGCUGCCGAGAAUCCAGAGAAGGCCUGGGGCUUGGGUGAAGUGGAAACAUCCUGGGUUGUGGGGAGUACAUUGGGAAUGUGGGUUUUUUGAGCCAGAGCUGACAUCAGAGUGGCUUCUCCCCCGAGGCAGCAAGAUAAGGCAGAAGAGCUCAGAGAGCACAGAACACACACUGGGCAACAGAGGCACAGGUGUGGCAAAAAUCUGCUUACACACUGGCCUCAGAUCCAGCUGUUCACUUGCUGAAAGCUCCUGUGGACCAAACUCAGGAGACAUGAUCACAUGUGUAAAAAAAUAAAACUCAACCUGAGAACAUGCCCGGAAGUAAUCCUGAGAGUUGGUCAGGAAGCAAAGUUGAUGGCUUAAAAAAAUUUUAUAUGGAAAUAUAUUUACCAUUUAAUUCCCUACAGAGGCAGAUGGGGCACUGACUUACCCACAUGGAAACAUGCCUAGAAUUGAACAUGACCCUUUUCAUCACAAAUGCCUGGGCGUGCACAGUUGGUAGCUAACACAUGGCCAGCUGCAUCUGCAGGGUCCUUGACCAGGACCACCCAAGCAGGUUAGGUGGGGUUCCGGCAGGCACAUUCCCCAUACCAACAAGCAGUCUUUUUCCUCAAUUCCAACUGUCCCCCUGGUUCCUGAAGACCAGAGCUGGCUAAGCAACCCUGAGCCCCAUGCAUGCUCUGGGGUCCCCAAUGCUGUGCCUCCGUGUGAACAGCCAGUGAGAGCCACAUGCCAACAGGGUGCAGCUGCUUGGUAACAAUGGUGGUGCCAGGCUUGGCAGGAAGAGGACAUAAGCCAACAUGGGAAGUGCAUCUGCAGCCCUGCAUCCUGAGUUCCUGUGAGAAGUCUCAGGUGUGCUUGUCUACAAAAGAGUUAACAGGGCAGUGGAGUUUGUAGACUGCCUAGUGGUGGGACAAGCUGCUGCCCAACUAAACACAUGGCGGGUUGUGGGCCUUAGGUACUUGAGGGCAGCAGUGCAGUGCUGCACUGUGAAAGCUGACACAUGCCCAAUGUGCCCUGCUGGCAGUGUUUAUUUCCUUCAAAAUUUUCUGCAUAUUAUCCAGAGCAAGCAGUGUAAAUAUUACUGGGACUUUUGUGACAAAGUGUAUGGCAUUUUAAAAGGCUUCUGUAGAUAUCCCUCUUUAAGAUGGGGAGGAGGGCAGCUUUGGCACAGCAUUGAACCCUAUCCAACAUCAUAAGAACAAGAUUUGGUGAUUACUGUAUCUUUUUAGAAAGCUGGGUCAUUUAGCAGAUGGUUUUAGAGAAUGUGUACAGUAUCUGAAAGAUGGCCCACACCUCAUCUGUCACUGUAAGCAUUCUGUAACACCUUGGUAGAACCAUUCAGAGUUCUGAAGGAUAAAGGAAAAUGGUGGCUGUCUUGACCAGUCUAUUUAGUAAUUCCAGGCCUGACCUUUGUGGGAGGUGAGGCUGAAGGCUUGGUAGCUGUCAGAUCUCCAUGCCUGGUUCUGACAGUGUCCAGGGCUGUUCAUAAGGCCCAGCUGUGCACAGAGCAGCUGAGCCAUCUGGAUCCCCAGCUACCUGGUUGUGUAACUCCAUGGAGGUCAUGAAGCUUGGAAUGCAUCUUAUCUUACAAUAUGUAUUUCUGUGAAAUUGGUAAGAAAACAUUCACAGGAGGGCUGUGAUCGGACAAUCCAGAACUGGAAGAUGCUACAGUGUCCUGUGGUUCAUAGCAGUGAGCUCUGGUGGCAGCUUCCACAUGGGGUGGGGCCUUCCCCAGUGUGCAAUUCAAAUUCACCAUAAGGAAAUGGAGUUGUCACCGAAUACAUGUGGGCCCCUGCAGCCUGCUAUGGUCAGCACACUCUCGGCUCUUUUCCCCUUUAGAAGUUUUAUCACUUGUUUAGUUUUAUUUUAGCUAGGACUAGAUUGUAAAGAACACUAAAUUCACUAUUGUGUUAAUGUUUCUAUCACAAAACCUCAAUUAAAAUGGACUUUAAAGGAUUUAGUUACCUUUACUAUUAAUGACUUAUCUACUGAUAAUGUUAGGAUUCAAAACAAUUAAGUGAUAAUUAAUUCAUGUGGUUUUCCUAAGGUAGUGUGUAUGAAAUGUUGUAACAUCUCCAAGCGGCUCCUCAACAAUUAAGAAUUAAUAAUCUUUCUCACAAACAUCCCCUUCUACCAGAGUGCAUGUCUCAGGUCAGCUGUCAAAGACAAAACUGCCCUGCCAAACUGCUGGGGAUGGGACACAAUGUAAAAACACAGGCAAUUUCUGUGUGCUGUGACAAGUCUGGAAAGAAGUCACAGAACCACUUCUGCCACAGUUCAUUAUUUCAGUAGUCACAUGAUGAAUGUUCAAAAAACAGGCAUGUGUCACUUUAACUGCUAUUCAAUUUCUAAUAGUAAAUGAUCAUGUUCGCCAGACUAAAAAUGAAAUGCAGAAGAAAACCCAAGGCCUAUGAACCAGGUUGAUCAUGGGAACAGCCCUCCAGGGCCAGCUCCGGCCUCCUGGAGCAGGAAACCCAGGGUGGCUGCUUCCCACCAGAGUUUGUCCUGCACUGAGCUAAGUCUGCCUCUCUCCCCACACAAUUGGAUUUGGUGGUCAGUUUCAGACUUUUUUUUUUUCCUUAGAGUUUGUGAUUAUGUGUUUACUAACUGAAGUGUUACUUUGUCAAAAUAUUUAUUCCUUUGUGUGACAUGCUAGAUUCCCAUGGAUGUAGCUGACCAUUUUUAUUUUGUAAAUACUACCUAACUUUACAUGAACUAUAUCAUAAUAAACUAUUUUUGCAUCACCCUUUG